ACUGGCCGUUCUGUUAUGGGAAGUGAAAAUAUGUCUUGUCUGCUAAAUCACACACGCAACAUAGGUUGUAGCAUAAUUAUAGUGUUUUUAUGAAGCGAAAAAUGGCACAAAGGCGAAUUGGUUUCUUCUUUGACGAUUGAUCUAUGACUCUGUCUUAUCUAAUAAAGAAAUACAUCUUCGACGACUGGCUUUGGGUGACUAUCACCUACAGUGAAGAACCUGACGAGGCCGAAACAGGGGAUGGGGACGGCGGAGAAGUGGCGAAUCGGCACUUGAUGAAACUUUACGUCGAAGGCUCACUCAUCAUGGAAUUGCACAAACGAGUCAGAGAAGAUCUUCGAGCAUUCUCUGACGCGCCUCCAGAUGUGGUGACGUUAGGUGCUUACCUAAAUACAUAG